AUGUCACCCAUUGAACAAGCGCCGGGCAUUCCCAAUGCGUGUCACAGGAAGGAUGCCCCCCAGCCUACCUGUGACCAGAUCGAGAUAGCAUCGAACCCCCGAAUUCUCACUGAGGCCGAGUGCUAUUCCGAGCUGGGGUUUUCGUUCCCCACUGCCAAAAAGUGGACCAUCAUCCUCGUUAUCUUCCUCGUGCAGACCUCCAUGAACUUUAACACCAGCUUAUAUUCCAAUGCUAUCUCGGGAAUCUCGGAGGAGUUUAGUGUGAGCAAGCAGGCGGCUCGCUGUGGUGCUAUGAUCUUUCUUGUUUUAUACGCAUUCGGCUGUGAGCUCUGGGCCCCUUGGAGCGAGGAAGUCGGUCGGAAACCUAUCCUUCAACUCAGCCUGUUUCUGGUCAACAUAUGGCAGAUACCUGUCGGGAUUGCACCCAACUUUGCCACCAUCAUGGUUGGUCGAGCGCUGGGGGGACUUUGCACGGCUGGAGGCUCCGUAACAUUAGGGAUGAUAGCCGAUCUCUGGGAGGCUGACGACCAGCAGUAUGCAGUUGCCUGUGUAGUGUUUUCGUCUGUGGGUGGUUCGGUUCUUGGACCGGUCGUUGGAGGCUUCGUGGAAGAGUACCUCCCGUGGCGAUGGAACAUCUGGAUCCAACUGAUCUUUGGUGGCUUCGUCCAGCUAGCCCAUUUGGUUCUUGUGCCGGAGACAAGAACCUCUGUCAUGAUCGACCGGAUUGCUAAGCGGCGAAGAGCCAAAGGGGAGAAUGUGUACGGUCCCAGUGAAUUGACCCCCCUUCUAGACCGGUUCUCGGGGGAAGAAAUCCUCCACACGUGGCUCCGCCCCUUUCGCAUGUUACUCACCGAACCCAUUGUGCUGUGCCUGUCCCUCCUCAGCGGUUUCACCGACGCGCUGAUUUUCAUUUUUAUUCAAUCCUUCGGUUUGGUAUACGCACAAUGGAACUUUGGUACGGUCGCAGUUGGUCUGUCCUUUCUCCCUAUCAUGGUAGGCUAUGUUAUUACUUGGAUCAUGGUCAUUCCAGUGAUCAAACGCAACAUCCACGAGCGCCGUACGAAACCCAAUGACGAGCGAGCUCAGUAUGAGUCUCGACUCUGGUGGCUUCUCUAUACAGCCCCGUGCCUUCCCAUUGGAAUGAUCGGUUUUGCGUGGACUAGUCUUCCUCAGGUUCAUUGGAUUGGCAGCAUGUUCUUCUCAGCCUUGGUCGGUAUCGCUAACUUCAGUAUCUUCAUGGCCACAAUUGAUUACAUGAUUUGUGCUUAUGGGCCUUAUUCGGCAUCGGCCACCGGUGGCAAUGGAUGGGCUCGGGACUUUUUGGCUGGUAUCUUGACAGUCCCUGCGACGCCGUUUUAUGAAAAUAUCGGUGGCAAGUAUCAUCUAGAAUACGCAUCAACCAUUCUCUUCUGCAUCUCCACCCUCCUCGUUGCAACCGUCUACAUCAUAUAUUUCUACGGCCCCGAACUUCGCAAGCGAUCGCCGUUUGCCCAGAAACUCCUAGAUGCGAGGGCAGAUAUGCACCACAUGAUGGAAGGAAAUAUGCAAUGA